AUGAAGGUUGUGUUCUCCCUCGCGCUCCUGCUGCUUCCGCUCGCCUCGGUGGCAGAGGAAUUCGACUUCAUGUACCUUGCCCAGCAGUGGCCUGACUCGUACUGUAGCACGCACAAGUGCCUCGUGAAGCCCCCGCCCCCGUCGCACUUCACCAUCCAUGGCCUGUGGCCGAGCUACAACAAGCUCAUAGACGGCAAAAUGUGGCUGGAGGACUGCAACAAGGAAGACCCGCUCGACCCGACGCAGAUCCAGGACCUGGAGAAGCAGCUCGACCAGAAAUGGCCGUCGCUGAAACAGACCAACCUCGAGUUCUGGAGCCUCGAGUGGAAGAAGCACGGCACCUGCUCCAACCUCGGCCAGCACGCCUACUUCGAGGCCGCGCUCGCGCUGGAGAGGCUCACCAACCUCACGAAGAUCCUCGCCGACGGCGGCGUCGGGCCGUCCGACGUGAAGACCUACACGUUCCGCGAGAUCAGUGACGCCCUCGCCAGGGGCACCGGGUUCAGGACCUACUUCAAGUGUAGCAAGAACAAGGCCGGCGAUACGCUGCUGUCCGAGGUGAGGCAGUGCGUCGACCGCUACGGCGAGAAGCUCAUCAACUGCACGGCGUUGUCGUUUGACUACUGCGAUAACGCUGACAAGAUCAAGAUGCCCCAAUCGGGUUAUAUGAUCAGUAGCAGCACAAGCUAUAAUCUUGCUGCCACACGAUCAAUAUAUAUAAUCAUGCAUUUAUAUUUGCUAGGUGUCAUGCAUGUCUAUUACUAA